UUCCAAGUCUGUUUCUCCAUGGAUGCUGCACUUCCCUUCAGAGGACUGAUGGGUGAUUCAUUUCUUUUUCUACUUUCUGGAUGAAUCCAAAGGUGUCACCUGUGUGAAAUGACUUCACGGUGGAGUGAAAGCUCAAACAUGGGAAAGUCAAGACAGCACUGGGCAGACUUUUAAGUACUCCUUGUACUCGCUCUUCGUAAUGAGGCUGUGGAUCAGAGCCGCAGCUGUAAGGAGGAGGGUGCUCUGCCUCUGGCUGCUGCUCCUAGGCUUCGCCCUGGUCACUCUGGCGCUGUCGGACCUCUUAAACCGGGACCAGGAUCAAAGUCAUCAGAACCCCAGUCCUCCCCGCCGCCCCCUCCAGAGAAUACCCAGACCAGACCUGGAGAUCAUCGUGGACUCAAGGGACCCUGCGUUAGAGCUUGGAUUGAAUAUUGCCCCACUAAAAUCUCUUCAAGAAGACCAGCUCUUAUUUGUGCCAUCGACGCAAGGCAUAAAGAAUCCGCCGAAGAGGAAGGGGAGUUAUAAGGUGAUUCUAACCGGGUCAAAUAAGGAUUCCACCACCCCUGCGCCGCCGACGCACGGCGAAGUUGGGAAAGAAGUGCAGACACAACUGAGGGAUUCUGAGAAGAAGGUGGAGCUGUCUGAUGUCCAAAAGUUUGGUUUCAACGAGGUGAUCAGUGAGAGUAUUUCACUGCAUCGCAGGUUUCCCGAGGUGCGCCAUCCUGAGUGUUUAGGGGAGCAGUACAGCGAGGCUCUGCCGUCAGCCAGUGUUAUUAUCUGCUUCCACGACGAGGCUUGGUCCACGUUGCUGCGCACUGUGCACACCGUGCUGGAUUCAGCACCCAAACAGUAUCUGCAAGAGAUUCUGCUGGUGGACGACCUCAGCCAGCACGGACACCUGAAGAGCGUGCUCAGUGAGUAUGUGUCUCAUUUGGACGGGGUGCGUUUGAUUCGCAGCACCAAGCGCCUGGGCGUGGGAGGGUGCCGAUCUCUGGGAGCUGCUCGAGCUGCAGGGGAGGUGUUGGUGUUCGUGGACUCCCACUGUGAAUGUCAGAAGGGAUGGCUGGAACCACUUCUGGAAAGAAUAGCUCAGGACAGGACCAGAGUGGUGUCCCCCAUCAUGGAUGUGAUUGACUGGCAGACCUUUCAGUACAACGCCACCCAGUGGCCAGUGAGGGGAGUUUUCGACUGGAGGCUUGACUUCCACUGGGAAUCUUAUCAUCAUCUGCCAGAUAAAGAACAAGACUCAGCUGUUCAACCUGUGUCGAGUCCAGCAUUAGGAGGAGGAGUUGUGGCCAUGGACAGACAUUUCUUCCACAGCGUGGGAGCCUAUGACCCAGGGAUACUUCUGUGGGGAGGAGAGCAAAUUGAGCUGUCAAUCAGGGUGUGGUCCUGCGGGGGUUCCAUGGAGGUGGUCCCCUGCUCCCGUGUGGCUCACGUAGGCCACCACCAUCUGCCUUACCUCCUCCCGGAUCAGGAGGUUCUCCAGAGGAACAAAAUCCGGGUCGCAGACACUUGGAUGGAUGCUUUCAGGAAGAUCUUCUACAGGAGGGACACUCUCGCUCAUUUCAUUAGGCAGUCUGAGAGUCCGAACAUCACAGAGCGUCUGAGACUUAAAAGGAGUCUGGGGUGCAGGAACUUCCACUGGUACCUGACAACGGUUUAUCCACAGCUUUACAUCCCUCAGGACAGACCUGCUCUGUCAGGAGAGCUGUACAAUGUGGGCACGAGCAGCUGUGCAGACCUUCCUCGAGGUCAUGAUCUGCAUGGUGGGGUCAUGGUUAUAGCACCCUGCAGCGGGACAGGCAGCCAGCACUGCGAUCUGAACUCUGACUCUGAGGUGCGCUUCGGUCCAAUGGGGGCUCUGUGUCUUGACGUAGAUGGAGAGCGGGUGGUGGCGUCUCCGUGCGCCAAACAACGACCGACCAGCAGCAGACUUCAGUGGAAGUUCAUAAAGCUGAGCGGUCAACUUGUCCACCAGCAGUCACAGUUAUGUGUGGAGGCUGUAAAAGAAGGAGGAGUCACACAUAGCACCCACACCAGCCCAGCAGGUCUGCUCCUGCGUCCCUGCACCCAUCAACCCCGACAACAGUGGCACUUUGAGCAACUAGUAGCUCCUAAAGGUGCCUGAUUAAUGCAUAGAAAAGACGUAAAGCCAGGGCAUCCUAAAUGUACUAUAAAUAGUGGCUGAAGUAGUGAACCUUUACAGUCAAUCUACAGAAUAUGAUAUAUUUGCUUCACUCUGCCACUCUGCUUUUUUGUUCCUGUUUUAAGGAUUGCAAAUAGUCAAAUAAGAAAUAAUAUGUAAAAAAAAAAAAAAGUCUAUUUUACACUGCUUGUGUAGUAAAAUAUAUGGUUGUAUUUAUUUAGAUGCAUAUUAUUACAUGUAAAAAGAACUCUGACUUCAGUAAAUGCUCUAAAUGCAUGUGUUAAUGUAUUUUGCACAUUCCUGAAAGGUAUGAAUGUAUUCAGCAAACAGAAACACAUUAAAAACUAACAGAUC